UGUUAGCUUUAGCCGCUAAUGGCCGACAGUUAGCUGUCCAGAUUUAUAAAUAGUUGAGAGGCUGUUUGUUUCAUCCAUCUGACACUCGACACCAAAGGAUCUCGCAGAACCGCAUGCUAGCUCAAGCCCUCAAUCUGUCCCCCAUGGUGGACACUCUCUCUGGGACAACUCCUCUAUUUCUGUCUGGUGUCCGGCCCCAAGUCCCGGUGCCUGUCUCUGGUCAGAUGCUCAAAGACCAGACUGUGGACUACAUAGAGGAUUUGCUUUGGAUUGUUGUCAAUAGAAAAAGCCAGAGCUGCCAGAAAGGUGUCAGGGCAGGAUCACAUCAAUAGCACCUUUUUGGGGGAGACGGAACCUUUUAGGAGUUACAAUAAGGCCCAAAUUAUGGAUUAUAAGACUGGAAGUGGUUUCAUUUUAUAAAGUACAUUAUCAUGAAGAUAAAUAAAUGUCAAGAUAUGACAAAUCCACUACUUUAAUCCCCAAAAGAAAAUACACAUUCACUCACUAAAGAAAUGACAGAUUUGCUGCUGUUUGGUCUACGUUUGGAUCCAGGGAUCUUGUGAAAGGAGGCCUCUUUGGUGUCAGGUUUUAGAGUUGGAGGCCUGUCGCUGGACAAAAAUAAACCUGUCACAUGCAAGAAUGAACAGAAAUCAUCCUGACAGUUUGACAUGAGAUUAUUGUUGCAAAAUGGCGUUUGAAUUAGGAAUAUCCACCAUAACUGUGCUUGAUUUUUUUAUGUUUUGUUUUCUCAUGAUGUAUGACUGAACAGAAUGUGGAGUUUAGGUCGUACAAAGAGUAGAGAAGGAGUGACAUGUAAAUUAAAAGUCUUUGAGCUUUUGUGUCUUGAAUGCAAUGUUUCCCCGUAAUUACCAUGCACUGGAAUAAGUGUAACUGUAAAAAGACAUGUAAUUGCCUGUUUAAAAGCUGCUGUUGUUUUCUGCUUAAGAGGAAAGGUGUUGCAGGAAAUGUUUAAACAAUUGCUACAUGACUUUUAUUUGAUAUACAGAUGCAGCUUGGCAGCACAGCGGUGUGGUGUAGCUGUUCUGUAGAUGCAUAUGAGAUGGAUGGCCUCCAGGUCAGAAGACGUUAAUGAACCACUGGAUAUUCUGAGCAAGAAGUACAAUUUUGAAGGCCCUUCACAACCUACCUAAGCCAGCUUACGGGUGAUGAGUCAGAGAAACUCCAAGUUUUUUUUGGACAGAGGACAACUAAAAUGCACAAUGCCGUAGGAGCUACUGGCUGCCCAAAAUCCUGACUGGGGGCACUAAACUCUGGGUCCUGCUAGCUUCACCAGCAGAGAGUGUGUAUAAUUUGGGGUUUGCAUGAAUGACUGAACACCUGAGGACAGAGCUCUUUGUUAGCGAGCCUGCAUCAUGACCUCAGCUGAGAAACGCCGCUCUAGCCGAAAGAGUGGUGGACAUCGAAAGCACAGUGAUGGGGGCUACAGCGACACCUCCAGUGGUGGGUCCUUUCUGGAUGAGACUGACCGUGAAGUCAGCAAUCUGACAGAUCGAGCAUUCAGGAGUCUCUGCAUUGGAGAUGAGGCUGUUUAUAAUGACUCGGACCUCUGCUCAUCUUCACCCUGCACCCAGAGAGACAGACAGCUGGCCUUUAGCCAGAGUGGCCAGGACAGAGACAGAGAGGACCGAGAGAGGGAGGAACUUAAAAGAGCUGCACAUGAGAGCUUCAGUCUCAGGAUGCAGCAGUAUGGACAGGACUGGAUCCAUGAAGGAAUGUAUGGGGCCGAGAUCCACAGAGAUCCACAGUGGGGGGUUUAUGGGGAGAGGACACAGGGGAGGGUUUCUGCCACAUUCCAGCACUCCUUUAUGGAAAUGUCACAGCAAGAGAAAUCUCUCAAUGAAGAACAGCUGUCCUUCUUCAGCAAUGGAGCCACAGAGUUGAGUUCGCAGCAACGCAGGAGCCGCUCCAGAGUUUCUUCUCUUAUCAGAGCUUUUAACUCUGAGGGACACAGGGAUGGAGCAGGGAUGGAUGGUAAACUAAGAGAGUGGAAUGAUGAGACAACUUGGGACAAAUCAGCUCUGAUGAGCAUCCAAAGGGAACUUUCUGAAUUCUCUACAUCAUACCAGCAAAACUUUGACAGUGGUCAUUUCCCCCCAGCUGGUCCGUUCUCAUCCCAAGGCACCAACUUCUACUCCUCUGAAGUAGCUGCAGUGGCUCACAUGAAUUCUGCAUCGUCUUUUAUGAGAUCUUCCCACAGUAAACACAGCAUGUUGACACAGGUUAACUGUAACUCUAACUUCUUUAUACAUAGUGAGUUUAGUCCCUUCAGAGUAUGGAGGGACCAUAACAGGUUCCCUUUCCAACAAGGAGAAGUCUCAGGAUUUAUGCACUGUUCAGAGUUCCCUAAAUGGUGUGAGACACCAAUGUACAAGGAGCUUUCACUGGAAGCCCAACCACAGGGUCCCUCUAUGUUUGAGGAGAGGGGUAUUGGACACCAGAGGAAUACAUUGGCGCCUAUGGUACCGGCGACCCCUUCACGUUCCACAUCAACAUCCACAAUGUUGCAGAAAGCGUCCGCCGUGGAGAAACGCUGUGAGUCUGAGUUGGCAGGACAUUAUCCCAACAGGAAGAGGACACAGAACAGGCUCCCAUCUCAACGCCCAUCAACUGCAUCACCCACCAUUGAGAUGUCUCGACGUGUGCGUGACACCAUUAGCUCCGUCAAAGCCCUCCAGCACAAAAUCAAAAUGAUGACAGAGAAAAAUAUUACAACAGAGUUGACAACAAAUAAACAAGAAGUAUUUUAUGGCAAUGAGAAUUUAAUUCCAUUUGGUAACAAUGCAGUAACAGUGGCACCAGAUGUUGUUAGAAGUAACAGCAGCACAGCUCCCUUCAACAUUAGUCAGCUGCUCACACCUCAAGUCCAUGUACAUCAAGAGACAUCAGAGGUGCAGCAGUAUGCAGUUUCUCCUCAACCUGUGGAACAUGCUCCAGUGCGAGCUGAAAGCAGGGGAGCCACUCCUGAUGUUAGGAUGUCUAGCUAUAAAUCCAGAGCCACUAGCCUCCUCUUCAAUCUCAAAGACAACAGGAAGAGAGUGAAAAGCACCUACAGUCCUACCAAAUUUAAAGGCUUGGAGACACUGGAGAAAAACAAACAGCCCUCUUUCCAGGAACCCAGAGACAUUGUGAUAGAUAUUCCUGAGUUUCCAGAUCCAGACAUUCAAAUUCCUCGAGUUGAGGAAUCCAGCUGGACAAAUGAGGCCUCACAUCAAUAUGUAAAACAGUAUCAUAGCACUGGACUGUCACUUACAGCAACGCAUUCUCAAUCUGCUACAGCAUAUACAGGCCAAAUUUCAGAACACAUUUCAAGUGAAUACCAGACAACUCAGGUGCAAGAUGAGAUGGUUCAUCAUUCUGGGUUCACUGGCUACAUACCUGAAAAUUACUCUAGCAAUCAGCUGGCUAAUGGACAGAAUCUCCAUGAGGACUUAUCAUCAUGUACUCCCUAUAAGCAAGGCAUGAUUGAGAACGUAGAAACUCUGGGAGGGGAUAUAUAUAGGGAUAAACCAACUUAUAAAGCUACAGACAUGCCAAGGCUAAAUGCUGAAAACAGUCAAAUCAGAGAAUAUUUAAAAGGCAAGGCAAAUACUCAGCAACAUUUUAAUGAAGCAGUGGGAAGCGAAUACACAAAGGUGGAUAGAUAUCAGCAACUGAAAGAGAACAAAUAUGAUUACAGUAAUGUGUCCUCACAGGAUAGGUGGAGACAGACAAACAACCAAGACACAGAAAAGCUCAGUCUGAAUGCAGAUAUUGCUCCAUGGAAACAAGAGAUAUCUGCUUUAAUGGAAAAAGACCAACAUGAACAGGAUUACCAAAAAGCAGCUGUGAUAAAGGAGGAACUCAGUUCACCAAGAGACAAAUACAGAAGAGAAAAUCCACAGAGUAUAAAUAAAGAACACAAGCAAAUGCCACAAUAUGCUCCACCUUCUAAUGACGCUGUACAAAAUCCAGCAUAUCAUGGACAACAGCAACCUGGAGCAUUUAGGGACAAAUAUACACUUCAAAAGUACUAUGGACAGAAUGAGGAAAAUGAAAUGAAAGAGAAUUAUUUGACACCCGAUUAUAACAGAUAUACUGAUCAAGAAUACAGAAACAAACACACCUUUUAUUCAGAUGAAGACAAAACUACUCUAAUGCAAGAAACAGGUCAGAAAAAACAAUAUUCGCCAAUGCUAAGGGAGAAAACGUUCCAGCCAAAAGAAGCUAAAAAACAGUUUGAACACAAUAUGCAAAAGAAUUCAUUAUCUGUCCCUGACAAAGCAUUCACACACACAACGGCCAACCGGGAGAAGGAUAGACAGUUUGUUGAGGUCAAGGCUGCACAGGACACAGCAGAACAGUUAAAAGCACAGCGCACCCAAGCAGAACUUGCAAAAGCUCAGCACUGGGAUCAAGUGGAACAGCCCAAAGCAGAACCAGCUAAGGUCAUUUUAGCAGGUCAGACUGGGUCAGAGAAAGCCAAAGCAGAACUAACAGAGCAGGACAGCACAAAACAGGCAAAUGCAGAGUUUAAAAUGGUCGACAAGGCCCAAGCAGAACAUAAUGUAACAGAACAGCAAAGAGAGGAGCAGAGGAGAGAAAAACAGACAGAGCGGUCCAGAGGAAAAAAGCCAGAACAAGCUAGAGAGGAACUGAUACGAGCAGAGCAAACCAGCAUUCAAAAUGUAACAGUGCCGAGAAACGUUACAGAAGAAGCAGGAGCCGAGCACGCAAGAGAAGAGCAGAGUGAGCGUGUCAAAACAGAGCAAGCUGAUGCAGAGAGGCUAAAAGAAGAACACAUAAAAACUGAACUGGCAAAGACCGAGCAGGCUGGGCAUACAAUAACAGAGCAAGCUAAAAUUCAAUCAGAUCGAAAAGACAGAAUAAAACCAGAACAAGUUGAAGCACAACUGGUUAGAGCAGAACAAGUUGAAAUAGACAAGAUUGAGGCAGAACAAAUCAGAACUGUAAAAGUUAAAGCUGAACUUGCUGAAGCAGAGUGCAGAAAAGUAGAACAAGCUAAACUGCAGCAGAUGAGAGUGCAACAAGCCAAAGCAGGACAAGAGAAGACAAAGGUAGUUGGAGUGGGAAAUGUCAAGGCUGAGCAUAAUGUUGAGGUUUUUAGAGAGAAGAAAGCUGAGGAAGAUUCAAUUCAAGCAGAUCAGAUAAAUGCAGAGCAGCUUAAAACAGAGACAACUAAAGCUAACGAAGCAAACACUGAGGUAAGAAAAGCAGAACAGACACAAUUGGAACAAACCAAAGUGGAGCUAGCUAAAUCAGAGAUAACAAAAACACAGAAGAUACAGGAAUGGUCCGCUAAAUCCACAGCAAAACUGACCAUGCCAGAACAACAGGUCAUAAACGAGCCAAGUAAAGUUGAGCAGGUUAAGACCGAGUUAGCUAAAGCUAAAGCAGAGUUGGCCAAAAUAAAGGAGAAAAUGAGGGGAGAGCAAAAAGAGAAAGCCAGGAGUACUGUAAUCACAAAGGAGGAUGACAUUGCAAAGAAAGAUUUUCCUUUCAGGGCAAAUAUCAAUAAAAAUGAAGAGCAGGAUCAGGCACCACAAAUGAAUCAACAGAAAAAUGACUCAGUUGUCAGCGGUAAUAGUACGGAUCGAGGGGCUGAAGAUUAUGAGAGUCUAAGAGAGAAAUAUGGUUUAACUAAUGCAAUCUCAACAAACAGAAAUAAAGGGACCCCUGCAGGAAAUGUUUCUUCAAAUGAUGUCAGUGUAACAUCAUCAUUAGCACUUGAUAAAGUUGAGACAAUGAAUAAUAAGACACCAAAAGAAAAAUAUAGUCCAACAAGCAAACUUGCAACACCUAAAACAGAAAAUAAGGAGGAAGUAGGCAGCGUUACAUCUAAUGAGGUGACAGAAAGUCAUUAUAUUUACAGUGAGUCAUCCAAAGAGUUCAAAUUAUCUAGUGGUAAUUAUUUGCCUCCCAGUGUAGAUAAAAGAACAAAUAGUGAAAAAGGUGACCCUCUGAAACAAGCUGAUGUUUCACAGCAAAGAGAUUCUGAUUUAGCUAAACCCCCUGAAAGAAAACCCAAGUCCUCUGAACAUAGUGUAGUUUCAGGUUUUACCCCUCCCAGAACAUUGUUCCAUAAAGAAAGAAUUCAGACAAAGCAGGAGAUUCUGACUUCCAGGAUAAAAGCUCAUGCUGAGAAAGAGAUUUCGGCCAUUAAAGAAAAGGGUUUUGCUAUACCAGAUGGGUUUACAUCCAAAAACUCCACCAAGCAAUUAUCAGGUAGUCAGAGUAUUAAUAUAAGGCAGAGGCCACCAUCACAUGAGGUGUCUAGAAGGUAUGAAAGCACAAUGCCAAGUAAUACUACACCAAAACAGCAGAUGGGACCUUCAGCAAUACAAAUGGAACCGGUCAAGGCCGUUUCACUUUCCAGCUCUGCAGUAACCACCAGUCAAAUACCCGAUCCAUCACGGAAACAAGUCCCCAAAGAACCAAUGAAGAGCAUUGACACUGUACCAGAAGCACCCACAGAAGCAAAACAGGCUGGAAGUUAUGCCACGAGUACAGAUGGAGGCUUGACAGAGAGUCAGAAGAAAGAGGAUCAACCUGGAAUUAGGUCACCAACACAAGCACUUAACAACAACAAAGGAAAACAGGAAGUAAAACAUGGAGAAAACUCUGAAAAACCGAAAGAGGGUCUUAUGAACAAAACUGCAAUAAACACUGAGCAACUCAACAAGAAGAAAGAGGAUCCAUCACAAGCUACAAGUAAACAUGUAGUAAAUCCUGAGGACUCAUCACCUUCACUAAAACUUGCCUUUGGUCAGAAUGAGACCUCUGUGGCUGAUGACAGCUUGGAAAUCAUGGGAAUAACGGUAACUGUGCAAGAAAGAAUGAGCGACAGUCAGGGGGAUGUAAGCACCCAAGAACAAACUCAAGAAGAGCAUAGCCAUGCUGAACAAGAUAAAUGUCAUCCCAGCUCAGGUGUAGAUAUAAGUAAAGAAAUUGAAUCUUCAACAGAAGUUAGCACAGGAGAAGCAAAUGACAGAGUUGCACAGGAAACUCAUCCUACAGUAAAAGAAGAUCAAAUUACAGUCGGUAUGAAUAAUCAUCCUGAAAACAUGCAAGAAACCUCAACCAGGAAGAACAAUGUGACUGAGAAAAGGACUACUCCCCAGCAUGAGAGCUCUUAUAUACAUGAGAGACCCCAAAGAGAAAUACAACUCCAUGAACCCCUGACUGAAAAAGAUGUGCCCCCCAUGGUCACUGUACCCGCUAAAAAUAAAGUGUUGGCUGAAACUCAACCCCAUCUCUACAAACAGGACAUAAUAGCAGGAGAAAAGAAAGACCACACAGAUAAAACACCAAAAGAGAACUCGGCAAAGAUCAUCACAAAAGAUCAAGAAGGGAUUAAUACAGAAGAGAAAAAUCCACAAACAAUACAAACAGAAGAUGUCAAUGAGAAGUUCAAGGCCAAAGUGGUGAACACAGUGAUCAACUACAAGUAUGAUUUCUACAGUGCUGAUACAGAAACUCUGAUAAAAGAUGAUGUCCAUCCAUCAGUGAAAGAAGAUAUAAUAACUGUCAUAAAUCCUUCCAAAAGCAUGAACAUAGAUGACAAGAGUGCACCCCAACUGGAAGAAAAGAGACAUGACUCAACACAACCAAAGCCAUUUAGCAAAACCAGUCCAUCUAACCAUUUAACUGAGAAUGAAAACAGACAUGUACCUCCGAAACAUCAGCAUAUAAAGAUGCACACUGGAGAAAAUAAUCAAGGGGACGAUAAUGUUCAUAUAGACGGUAUUGCUAUCAGAGUUGUACCAGCAGUAACUGAGAACGACAACCUGAAAAUGAUGGGAAAUCAUCAUAUUACAGCUGUCCCUUCUGAUGUGGUUGUAGCUAAUGAACAUAAACAAGUUGAAUCAUCUACUCUUGAUGAAAAAGUGAGCACCUUAAACAAAGAAGACUGGCCAAAAGACCCAACUCCAACAAGCAUUGAGGGGCUGAUGAAGGACAAUUUUGAAGGCAAAGUACAUCAACAGAGCAGCCAAAAUGUAACAAGUGAGAAUACUCAUGCUGAAAAUAGAAAGCCUGAAAAAAUAAAGAAAAAUGGGACAACAUCAAAGACACAACCAAUGGAGGGAGACUAUUUUCAAGUUCAAGGGGUAAUAGAAACAAACGAUGAACCAUACAACAAUAGCACAAAUGUUGGAGAUAGGUCAGAUGCAGUUUCAAAGAGAAGGGAACUUCCAGGAUUACUUCCAAACAUUGCUGCAAUCAGCAAUGAAUCAUACAAGGAAGGAAAACAUGAAGUCUUUGCGUUGGAUCAAAGCAAAAAGAAAACAGUGGAAUCUUGCCCAGUAAACGCUCAAGAACAUGAGAACAUGAAAAAGCAUAAUAGGGAAACAGAAGAUAAGACUGCUUCGAAAUCGACUGAUUGUCCCACAGAGAGACAGAGUGAUAAAUCUGAAAUUAUGGACGCUAGUCAAGCUGUUCAUAUAAGAAAACACCACACAGAAAGAAAAUCCAAUUUAUCAACAAGGGAAAGACACUCAAGAAAUUCACAGCCAACAAGGGAAAAUGCAGUAAAGGAGAAACCUGAAGUUAAACCAAAACCAAGAGAGAGAACGUCUACAAUCCCUGAGAUAUCAGCAAUUGCAGACUAUGCCAGAUUAAAAGUAAUUGUUUCAGAAGAAACAGCAAACACAUUUCAGGAAUUCCCUCCUAACAAAAAGGAAGGAUUCUUUCCACUAAUACAGUCUCGUCAUAACAGACGUCCAGUGUUCACUGCUGACCCACAAGACCUCUCUGUAAAAGAGAAAAGUUUGCCAAAUAAGACAGAGGUCAGCUCCAAAGUGAACAAAGAGCCCAAACCCGUAGUGUUUCCCAUUACAGAGAAAGAACAUCAAAGGACGGGAAUGUUUAAACUGGGAGAGAAAGAAAGACAAGAGAAAAUGCUUUUAGAUGUCAAAGACAAUGAAGGUGUAUUAGAAACUGGGGCAAAACAUGCUCAAGAUCUUGCAGAGAGAAAAAAGUUACAACAAGCACAUAUUAAGAACCAGGGAGAGGAAGCGGUUGGAGCUGGUACCCAAAGAUUUAGUCAAGUAGAUCAAAGUAUUCAUCAGCCAAACAACCAUCCCAUGCAAACAACAACAUCAUCUUCUUCAGCCAACAAGCCAAGAAAUGCCUCUGUCUCACAACAUCUAAAACCACUUGAUACCUCCAAUCCACAUGAAAAAACAGAAUAUUCCUCAGCCGAAAGAAUGCCAAACUUGGAUAGAGACUCUCAUCCACAGCCUAUUGUGGGGCAAAUGUACAACAUGAAAGAAAGUAAAAGAAAUCUGAGAAAAGGUGAAAAGAUUGAAGAUAGAAACACAGUGGUUAAGAUCGGGGAAGACAGGACAGAAAAACAAAGACAAGAAAUUCUUUCAACUCCUCAUGCAGAAACCACAGUAAAACCGCAGAGCAGGGCAAAACAAUGGGAGGAAUCUUCGAGGACAGAAGUAGAGAAAAGAGCAGAAGACAUAAGAGUAAAAAACAUGAUAGAAGAGAGAAGAACUUCUCUGGCCGAAGAAGAGAGAAGAGCUGCUCUGAGAGAAGAGGAGAGAAGAGCAAGAGAGAGGGAGGCCAUAUCUAUUAAGAUCAAGGAGAGGCGGGAAAAACUAAAGGAAGCAGAGCAAAGAGCAGUGGAAGAAAGAAAAGCAAAACAGGUAGAGGAGGAGAGAGCUGCGCAAAAAGAAGAGGAGGGGAGGAGAGCAAAGCCGGAGGAAGAGAGGAUGAAAGAGAUUGAGGAGAGGAGGGUAAAACAGAGAGAGGAGGAGAGAGCUGCGCAAGAUGAGCAGCAGAGGAGAGAUGCUCUAAUUGAGGAGCAAAGGCGAGCCAGACAGGUUGAGGAGGAGAAGAGACUCGCUCAUAUUGAGGAGGAGAGGAACAGAAAACAAAGAGAGCUGGAGAGAGCUGCUCAAGAGGAGCAGCAGAAAAGAGCUGCUCUAAUUGAGGAGCAAAGGCAAAAGGCCAAAAAGAUUGAGAAGAGACUCGCUUAUAUUGAGGAGGAGAGGAAAAGAAAACAGAUUGAGGAGGAGAGAGCUGCUCAAGAGGAGCAGCAGAAAAGAGAUGCUCUAAUUGAGGAGCAAAGGCUAGCCAAACAGGUUGAGGAGGAGAAGAGACUCGCUUAUAUUGAGGAGGAGAGGAAAAUAAAACAGAUUGAGGAGGAGAAAGCUGCUCAAGAGGAGCAGCAGAGGAGAAAUGCUCUAAUUGAGGAGCAAAGGCGAGCCAAACAGGUUGAAGAGGAGAAGAGACUCGCUUAUAUUGAGGAGGAGAGGAAAAGAAAACAGAUUGAGGAGGAGAAAGCUGCUCAAAUUGCAGAAGAGAAAAGGAUUAAAAAGAUUCAGGAGCAGAAGAAACAUGAGCAGCAGAUUUUGGAGCAGAGAAGAGAAAGACAGAAAAAAGAAGAGUGGAUGAGAGCUCAAAAAGAGGAGGAGGAAAGGAGAGCUGUUGACAAAGAGAAAGCAAUUGCAAAACAAAGAGAAGAACAGCAAACCAAAGAGGAGAAGGCCAGGCUCCUUGAGGAGGCAAGUCAAACAGCACAGAGAGAGGAGAAGCGAGUAGCAAAAGAGCGGUUGCAGGCUCAAAGAGAGGAGGAGAUCAGGGCUAAAAAGAGAGAAGACGAAAAGUUAGCAGCUCACAGAGAGAAAGAGAGAGCUGCUCGGGUGGAGGAGCAGAAAAGAGCAGCGCAGAGGAUGGAUGCUCUUCAGUACUACGCCAUCACUUCAACAGAGUCCGAAAGGAAACCCAGAGAAAGACAACUACGCUCUCCUAUACCCUCCCAACAAAGAAACAAUGCAUCUGAGUCAACUGAGGACUCUGGAUCCUACAGUAGGCUACACAGGUCUCAUGCCACUGCAUCUCCAGCUCCAUCCCUCCCCCGCUCCAGCAGCUCCUCUCCUGCUCUGGGAGUCAAGCCCUCAAUGUUCAGGGUGAAGGAUAACACCUUCAGAGGUUUCUCUUUCACCAAGUCAGUCAAACCACGCUUCCAUAAGAACUUUGGAGAAGAUUUCAGGGUAGGUUCACCCAUGGGUUCAGAGAGAGGAGAGGAGGAGCAGGACAUAAUGAGACGUAAUGCAGGAACUCCCAUCCAUCCUGAUACAGUCACAAGACUUGCUGCUAUCAAAGAAACUUCGCCCCUUCACAUAGCAUCUUCAUCACAGGAUUACUCGGCCCCUCCUCCGCACUACAGGCCCUACUCCAGGAGAAGCUUCGUUCUGGAUGAAGAUGACUCCCGCUCUGUCAUCAGCAACAUGUCUGAGGAUGUGGAGAGUUUUGCCACCAGCGCAGCAGACCUGGCGGAUUUACGGGGACUGUAUGACUACGAGAGGCCAGAGUCAGCCUGCAGUUUCAGCAGUGAUGUGUCCCGCUUGGGAAAGCCUCCGGCUGUUCCCCCAAAGAGUGAGAAAGCCCUGCUUAGGGCAAAAAGACUGGCCAAACGGAGGAUAAAGAAAGAGAUGUCCAAGACUGCAGGAGACAGCCCUGCUGAGAAAUCUCUUCAAGAAGUCCCAAGCAUCCCUUCAUCCUCCUCUGAGGUAUGCUACUCCAACCGCACUGCUGUGGCUUCCCCUCAUUUUUCCCCUCCUGUCUCGCUCGCUCAUGCGCCAACAUUGGGGUCUCGCUUGCCCUCUUCGCAUACCGAGCACCAGCCCUCCCACCGCUCUUCCCAUGCCUCCCCUCAUGCCACUACCCCUAUCUCCUUCCCAGUUGCCACCCCUCAUGCCACUACCCCUGUCUCCUUCCCAGUUGCCACCCCUCAUGCCACUACCCCUGUCUCCUUCCCAGUUGCCUCCCCUCAUGCCACUACCCCUGUCUGCCUCCCAGUUGCCUCUCCUCAUGUCACUACCCCAGUCUCCUUCCCAGUUGCCUCUCCUCAUGCCACUGGCCCUGUUUCCCACCCUGCUACUCCUAAGACAGUUGCUCAUGUUCCUUCUUCUCCCAUUCUCCAUCAUGCUAACCACCCAGCUCCAGUGACACAGUACCAUGUAGAGUCAAGCUAUCCCCAGUCCUACCCGCUGACCCAGCGUAAGGUGCUGCAAGACCUUGACUCUGGUCAGUAUUUUGUAGUGGAUGUGCCUGUUAAGGUGAAAACGAAGACUUUCUUUGACCCAGAGACGGGGAAGUAUGUUCAGCUGAAUGUGCGCGAGUCUGGCAAGAGCACCUCCCGACCCCAGUCCCAGCAACCCCACAUGCAGGCCAAGCAGCAACAACAGCCUCUCACCCAGGCAUCUCCAGGCGGUAAGCCCCUUGUGGUUUAUCAAGGCUACCACGGUAAUCCACAAGGCUACCAACCUGCAGGUGUCUCCUCUGUGCACCCCCAAAGGUCAUCCUCAGUUACGUCAGCCCCAGUGACUCUCUCCCAGGAUCAACAGCCUGUUAGGGAGAACCACACUUACAGACAUCAAGCCCCCGAAAGUGGACAGAACUCUGAGGGGCAUCGCUACAGCCCAGAGAAGACUCCAUACAUGGACACGGUUAAUGAUAAAGACAAAACACAUAACACCGUUUACAACACACAUGGCUCAAAUGAGUUGGUCCCAGAGUGUGACACAAACAGCCAGCUUGCAGGAAGCUCGGUUUGUGAAAAUGAUAACUCAGCCCACUCAAGGUAUCAGUCUUGUGAUAUAAUAACUAUGGGUGAACUGGAGGACUUUAUGGAGGUGUAUGACUGGUGAGGAAGUUUUAGGGGUUGAUAAUGUAAUGCAGACAAGUGGCUAAGUAAAGUCUUUGAUAAAAUAAAGAUACCCAAAAAGCACAGUAUGAAUGGAUCAUCAUAUAAAGUAUUUUGUUUGUAAAUGUGACUUUUUUUCAAGUGAAAAAAGUCUCAGAAUGUUUUUGCUUUGUAGUUGAAAAAAAGUCCCUGUGACAUGCUGUUAAAUUGCUGCUGUCAAUUUUGGAGAUUUACUGUUAAGCUAUUUAUUGUGUUACAGAGAAUUUCACCAUUCCAUUUGACUUUUUGAAUGUGAGACGCUAAGAUGUUUUUCUUGUGUAUACAGUGUGAUCAAUAAUCUGUUGCCUCCUAGAAGUACACUAUGAUGCAACAAACAGCUCAGCUCAGAGAAACGUUUGGUUUCUGCUAUGAACACUGAUCGGCUUGCUUAAGUUUUCAUUCUCUUUUCUUGUUGGAGAAAUCCUACUUUUGGCGUUUUGUAAUGCAUGAAAUCUUCUUAAAUCCACAGCGUCAAUCAAAGAUCUGCACAUGGUAUAAAGCAUACUGUAGUUUUGUGUGUUCAACCACUGUGUCAAAGUUGAUUAUAGGUGUUUGUAAGGUUUAAUUUCAUACAGUAGUCCAUUUUUAAAGUGGGAGGUUUGUGAGAAUGUUUCUUUGUUGCUGUGAGUAGUGUGACAUGGACUUGUUCAGGCAAUAAAAACACACUUCAUUCAAACUAAAUAAUUUCUCACCACAAUGAAUGUCUUUCAAAAUCACAUUGUAAAGGUUAUAAAUAAAGAGGAAAUGUAAAAGAAGAUAUUGAUUUCAUUUUACUACUCAAAAGACUGUAGUAACAAUAUAAUAUUACUAUCACUGGCAUCCUGUUUUGACUGUUUAAAUGUCCCAUGGGUCUGAAUGACUCAAAUUGAAGAGUCUCUUUACUGAGUGCAUAAGACAAUUACAAAGUGUUAUUGAGAGAGUGAAAUGAGUCUUUAGAGAGUUUAUAGACAGAAAAAAGAGAUUAACAUUUUGUAUAUUCUGUGUGUGUGUCCUUUUUCUGUAUGAACCUAUCCAAAUGCUUAACUCUUUGCAUACUAUACCCUUGGGAUCCAAUGAUAGAAAUAAUACAGCCUUGAAAUGUCUUUCCUUUGAUUUCCCUUGAUUCACGAACUCAGAAUAAAUGU